AAACGCUUGAUGUUUACAAAAUGGCUUCCAUAAUGAAAGAGGCACCGAAUGGAUAUGAAUCUGCUAUUGAAUUGAUAAAUUCUUUGAAGCAUGAGGAUCUCACUGAAUUGGGCAGUGAAGUGUUGCAGUUUCUACAGUAUAAAAUUGGUGCUGUAAAUACAGAAAAAUGGAGAAAGAAGUUGGAAGAGUCAGCAGAAGGGAAUGAUUUGCAGAAAACUCAGAGCAUAAUAAAUGCAUUGAUAUAUACAUUCAGGUCGGCAGCAAGAUAUCGUGUGACCGUAGAAGAGUUAACAGCUGAGCUUGAUUCUAGUAUGGUAUUUUCUGAUAAGACCUGCACCAUAUUAUGUAACUUAUGGUCCACUCAGGGCAAGCAGCUGAUGUCAUGUAGUUUGGGGGAUCAUGUGCUGGGAGUUGGUCAGUUAAUUGAUGUUCAAUGGAAAGUGGGCAUGGCAAUGAGCUCGGACACAUGUAGACAGUUAAACUCCCCAUUUGUGACCUUGACCUUGACAGUAGCAGACGCAGGGGGAAAUCUCAAAACACAUCCACUAGAACUUACGAUGGACCAAUUUAGGGUAAGUUGAGAAUUUUACCAAUCAGUUGAAGGAAAUAGGAAAAGUGCUGGAAAUGGUCUGAACAAGAGCAGUAGGAACAAAAAGAAGGAAUAUCUAUCACUUAGAAGAAUACAGAACUAGUAAUCUCUAUAUCCCAGAAGACUGCAUUAUGUUUAAACUUAGACAGUAUAUGAGACCGAAUAAUGUAUCAUUUACAAUAUUACGACAGUCAGUGAUGUCGGCAUAGCCAGGAAAAUAAAUGAACAUAUUGAAGAGUAUUAUACUGUAUUUCGAUUGAUUUAGAAACGUCAUGACUGAAGUAAUGCAGAGGGGCACCUAAGGUCCAUGCUAAAAAAUUCACAUGACCUAUAUCAGUGCUGGUAUGAUUUGAAACCGAAUCUGAAGAUAUAUGUGAACUUUUCUGAAGCUUGUAUUAUCACUAAUCUUUAUUACAGUUAAUCUUGUAUAACAAUACUUUUCUUCUCUUCACUAACUGCAAUAGAUCAAUUGAUAAGGUGCACAAGUGUCUGACCAGCUUUGUAUACACAAUAAGCCAGAGCAUUUCAAGGCAAAACAUCACAACAAUUUGAGGCUUCAUAUUUUAAACUUUAUUAAACUGAAAGUAGUAUACAUGUAGAUAUU